GUUAAUGCGGAUAUUACGGUGCCGGUGGAGUACAGUUUGGGACGACGGCGCUGCAAAUUUCACGUGGUGAAUAGGCCCGGCUUACGAUGCACGUUGUGCGGGAUAAAAUCAGAAACUUUUGAAACAAUUGGCCAAUUUCAUGAACAUCUUUUGAGUUGCCGAAAGACGCCGGAUCCAAGAAAGGAAAGAAAGAAACGAAAACUUGAAAAACGAGAUGAAAAUUUGCAGGAUGCAAAGCAAUAG